AUAUAAUGAUUUAUAAAUCUGUGAUUUAACAAUUUUAGAUCUAUUUUUUAUUGCUCAUAGAGUGAACUCAAAGAUUCUGUACGCGUAGUUAGGAAACAUUGUAAUGGUAACAUAAUGUAUAGGAAGCAACGGAUACACGUUCAUCGGAGCGGAAGUCAAGCACACACAAUCAGGAUCGGAAGUAAUUCCGGUGGCCGAACACUGUGAUGGUAUUGUUAGCCGAUCUGCUGAAUAAUAAUUGGCAUUCGGUGCAUUUACAUGGUCACGAUCGCAGAGUGUCAAUAUCUUUCCGGAUGGAAUGGAAACGUCACUCGGUGGCUUUGCUCCGUGAUAUAGUGUUCGUUCAGUGUUUGCCGUGAAUCUAUGCCUGUGACUUCAUCGUCCUUUCGAAGGUACGUACUGAAAGUAAAAUGAAGCGAAUCUUUUUGUCUUCGCGUGUGAUGAAAUAUUCCUUACAUUAUUGCGAAAUCCUUAGAAUAUAUUUACGUUUAAAUUGAUGUUACUUAAGACGAGUCAUCCGAGACGAUUAGAAGGGAGCCGAGCAAGAUUCAACGGGCAGAAAAGGGUUGCUAUCACGAUGAAUAAACGUAAAAUUAUGUAACAAGUUGACAGAAAUACGCAUGUGCAUAUAAUCUGUCGAGAAAGUAGAGUGUGCAUCUUUGUGGAAUAUUCUACAUAAAUUAUUUCGGUAUAGUUUUAGGCGCAGGAGAUAAUGGAGGAAAUGAAUGCGAUAAGUUUGUCAAUUUUUUUGAAAUCCUUUUCUCAAAAUAUUGAUCUUUUGUAAUAAUUUAUUGCAUCGUUUCUUGAUUAACUCCCUGCUUUUCAUUGUGACGCUGAUUGAUUCAGAAAACGAAUUAUAACGAUACAUUUUACUUCGAAAAAAAUAUUUCAAGUUCUCCUCCUUUCCUCCUUCGAGUUGAAAAAUAUUGAUUGUUCUAUAGUUUUGUAGAUCGAUAUAUCAAAUUUAUGAUAAAUGUCUGUUUAUUAUAAGUUGUCUUCUUUUCGGAAGAGGAUGGGCUGUACACCUAGUGGAUCAUCGUGCAAGAAGGGCAGCAUUCGAUUAAUGACUACGAAGCUUACUUUCACCAAGGGUCAGCUGUGCAACCUGAACACGUAUUUUCGCAAACUGGUCGACGAGGCUCAGAAUGAUUCCUCUAACGCUUUUGCGAUCGAAGCUAUCGUGGAAAGAUUGGUCCAACGAUUGAUGCGAAGCGCUGGUAAUCUCGAUCGAAGAUUCUCAUCUAUGUUUCUCGUUUCAUUAAACGAACCUCGACGAAUAAAGCAAGGUAGGUUUGAAUAUCUGCUGCGGAUAGAUGCAUUGUCGAUUUCGAGUGUAAGUCCCGAGCAGGGACGCUCGACGGUGUGUGUCGAGGAGGAUGCCUCUCUACCAGGCUUUAUUCGGCUGAAGAUGCUUGGCGUUGGGGCGGAAGUCUGGCGGGAGUACGUGGAUGUCGCAGGAAGGUUGAGGAGAGAUCUUGUAAAAGCCAAAUUAGCAAAUUUAUUGGCCACAGCUAUUAAACGAGACGUUGGAGAUCAAACGAAUGACAGAAUUUGUGUUUCACCUGGUCAAGUGGUCGAUGCUGAAAUCCUCGACAAGAUAUUGAAGCAACCGGACCACUGUCGAAUAUUUUACGGAUCAGCUGUCUCGGACGGACCAUUACCAGAGCCAAGGAAUCAUCGAGUGGCCUUGAUCGAAGAUUCCGGAGGGAUACUGCUUAGAAUCGGAUUGGAUAAAUUUAAAGCUCGCGAAGUUGAAGUCAGGCUACUAAUCGGUAUCGGAGUGUCGUCGUGGCCCACUUUAGCGGACUAUCCUCAACGGAUACCUCUCUAUCAUUGCGAUGCUCUUCUUCAUUACACUGCAGCGCAAAGUGGGAUGUACGCGGUAGUCGUUGGUCCGUAUUCCGGUGCACGUUGCGAGAACCGAGCAACUCUCUGGAGAGUACGUGUUCCGGCAGCAGAGAAAAUUAUGAGUCAACACUAUGCCGCCGACAGUGUACCAGCCCUCACUGAAUCCGUGCUUUUGGAAAUUUUAUAUGAGCUGCGCGAAGGCCGUACUUUGCAUUUACCGAUGAAACCAAAGGCAGGACGGAAAAACGGCCCCUCGCCUCCAGAUCGCUUACGAGUAGUUUCCAGACACAUUCUGAGAACUGUGCACCGAUGGGCUCUAGAAAGAACAGGACCGGAUCCGUUGACGAGCUGGGCGCCCGAUACCCUUUCGUGUCAUGUUCUAUUAGCGUUGGACGAGUUAGUCGCUGCUCUGAAAUGCCAGAGCCUGAGGUGUUACUUUCAUCCGCGCUGCAACGUGAUGCUACAAUGUGCGAGAGGAGGAAUGGCGUAUCACGAAGACUCUUACGUCUCUGAUCAUCGAUUGUUAGAAUCUUACUUGGAAACUCUUCAUUAUCGUUCCUUCUCUAUGACACGUGAUGUACCAAGACCUCUAGACGUUAUGGAGAAUGAGCUCAUUGUGAGAUGGCGAGAUAUCAUUGCCGCGUUGCCCAGAGAAACGUCCAACGAGGAUUACGGAUAUAGCCAGAAACAGUUGGAAUAUUUUAGCAUGAUCCUAGAGCAAGUUCUACGAGCAAAGAACGCUUUGUUACAGAACUACCCGGACAACUAUAGUUACUCGAAUUUCUCGGAAUUAUCCUACUGUAUGACGGAACAAGUGGAGAAUCUCGUGUUCCUAUUGAAAUUAAUUCUAACACAGGCCAAGAACCAGAGUUAUCCGAUGGCGAAUCGCAAGCUGCGAAUGAACGAUCAUCAUAAGGAAUCAAAGAAAAGAAGACAUUGCAAUACGAGCAGUCAGUUCGAUUAUUCGGUCGGACUGCUAAUCGAUGUUAUCGCAAGAGAUAGAGAAACAGCCAAUAUGGAUUUGGAAUCUUUUCCAAUAAUGACCAAAAUACUUUUACAAUGGUUAUACUUCGGUAUGGACUAUGAUCGAAAGUUUCUCGAGCCUAUUCUACGUCCAUAUCUGAACAAUCUUUUCAACAGCCUUCACGAACAUGGUUGGUGUGUAACGUCUUGGAAAAAGGGACAGGAGGUCUAUGCUUCCGAGAUGCAAUCGCUAUCGAUAUUCUGUAAAUCUGUGAUAAGCGAGGAAAUAUCACCUGCUAACGGGAUCGUGGACUAUCUAUCAAAGGGUUGGCGCUGGGCAGAAAAUAUGACGAAGAUGAUCGAGCGUUCGGGGAAUUCUCUGCGUCUGAUUUUUCUUCCCAGAGACAGGGCGAUUAAAUACAACUUAACUUUCACAGAGAACAAGAGCCUCAGCUCGUUCUCCACGUGGAGCAAAGCUAGGAGUGUCAGUAAGAUCGUGAGGAAGAAAAGUAUACAUUACAGAAUCACUGAGCUAUUUGAUUUUCUAUCAAAGUUGCAAGGAUCGAUUGCCUCGACUGAAAAGAAAGGGGUUGCAGGACACACGGAAUUGAGGGAUGCCAGCCCUUUGACAUACGUCGCGUCGAUGAGCAGAUCGCGAGCUCGACAUCGUGGUCCUGGCGAUUUGAUUUCCGCCAUGGUCUCCCUCGGCAAGUUCAGGGUUCUGCAAGAAGUCGCCGCUCUUUUGCCACGGGAGGAGCAAGUGGCCGUGUUGGAAAUGGUGCAACGUGUGGCCAGAGAAUCCUCUCGUCGUUCGAAGAAGACCACCUGCUUGUAUACAUCCAGUUCACCGAUUCAAGUCUACAGACCGAGACCGGAAUCGGAUUUCCUGGAUUCUGCCGCGCGUCUGUCGCCAGGAUUUCGCGAGCGGCGAAUCAUCGCGGAGCAUCAGAAACAGCUGGAGAGAGAGAUACAGGAGAUGCAUGACACUGUGAGACGUAACGCGUUGAGAAGACGACGUCCGUGUAACGUCUGGGACUCGAACUCGUUGUCCUCCUGGAAUUCUUCGAUCGAUUCUAUCGCAGGCACGAUCAGCCUUAGAAAAUAUCGCGCACCAAUAUGGGACGCUAUCAAAGGAAGUUCACCGGCUCGGUCUAGCUUGCGCGUGGAUGGUAAUAUCGAGAAAAAUAAAUUCGACGAGAUGAUAAGCCGAGAGGAAUCGCCGACGUGGAGCACGCAAGAUGCUCGAAGGAAGUUGGACCGUUCCGAGUCGAAGAAUGGAGACGAAUUGCCAUCUUGGGAUACGCUCGAGGCAACUCUGAAUAGGAGGCUGUGUAAUUACGGCAACGCCCUGUUAGGAUCCUUGGAAACGGACGAAAGUAUUGGAAGAAACUGCGUGGCGAAGUCGCGAGAAUGAUUCCUUCGAAGUAGUAGGUGCUUCCAGGGAAAUGAAUUUUUUAUCUCGAGGCGAGUCGGUGGAAAUUGUCUAGGUGGGAUCGCCUUUACAUUUCAGCACGUCGCGAAUACGCCUGAUGCUCCUCCUGUUCCGGAUACAUCGCUUUUAAGAUAUAUGUUCAUCGAUUUUGACACUUGGCCGACAUUUUCAAGCUCUUGAAGCGCCGCUGAACAGCUCGCGACACGACUUUCGUGCUUUUGCAACCGUCAAAUAAAUGUUUCCCUUGGAAGAUAUUUAGUAGAGCUUUGGUAGUAUCGAGCUUUGCCGUUUGUUCAGCUCUUCGAUGAAACGCGAUGGGAACUUAAUUUUCGCAGACAACGGGUAACUUCGUGUUUCGAGAAUGCGUCUCGUUGACUCGUAAGUAUAUAAUGAUUACAGAGAUAGAUAGAUAGAUAGAGAGAUAGAUAGAUGGAGAGAUAGAUAGAUAGAUAGAUAGAUAGAUAGAUAGAGAGAGAGAGAGAGGGAAAGCUGUGAAACUCCGCGCAACUAGAACAUCGCCUUAAAUUUUAAUCUAUGCCCGAGAACGAUUACGUUCGUUUAGCUCUUGCCACUUUUCGUUCUGACCCUUCGUUAAUUAAAGAGAACCGCAGGCUGAUUGGAAUUCCGUUAGCGAUCCGGGUUAACGUCGACUGAUUUUGGCAAAUUCGACGAAAGAAAAAUUUCCUUGCAACACACCGUCCUUCCUUUCUAUACUUUCAUCAAUCUUCACCACCUACGGUUACGCUCCAUGACCGUACAUUUUUAUUAAGGAUCGCUAGUAUAGAGCCCCGGCAAGGUUUCCUCUCGGAGAAGCUUUCCUGAGUACUCGGUCUCUUGGUUUCCAUCUAAUGUCCAAACUUCCAUGCUCCCUAAAUUGUGAAAAGAUGUAACGCUGGGAUUAUUUAAUCGCGCGCCGCUUUAUGCGACACACCGAAUGGAAAAUAAACUUUCAUACGAAAAUCGUGAUGCGUCGAUGACCUUGUUUCGCUUAGAAAAUUCACUUAUUCACCUUUUUUCUUUGUUUGUUCAUAUAUUUGGCGUGUUUGCUUACAACCUCGUUUUAUUUAUUUUCAUUUCCUGCUUUUUCGUUUAUGUUUCCGGUUUGUUUAUUUACAUCCUCCUUCUUGUAAUUACGUACACUAUCGACAAUACACAGGAUACGUGCUAAUUUAAAUUCUCAUAUAUUCGAUCAUAUAUACAUAUUCGAUUUAUACGGGUUUCGUAGCGAGUUUAAUCGCAUACGCGCUAUCUAGGAUGCUCAGAAGGUCUCUAAUUAUUCUUACGAGACGAAGUAGGAAAAAGUUCGUUUGGUAUUGGUCAGUCAGCGAUUUAACGUGAGGAUCGCGGAUAAUUGGAAAUAGGCAAAGGCUCCCUACCAGAGAGCGAUUCGAUUAACUGGAUGCAAAAAAGCGCAGUUUUGCUAACAGCCUCGCAAUUGCCAAUUAAAGUCGUUGGAAUGAGCAACAUUGUUGUAGCAUCAUCGACGAGUCAUUGAGCUUUAACCACGUGGGCUCUAAUCGCGUGAAUUUCACUGGCCCGAAAAGCCUCCAGUUCGUUGUAUUAUUCUUUUCUCUUUUUUCACGACCAGCUAUUGUGUACGAAUCCAAAGUAUCAAAUUUCGAACAUUCGGCAUACGAGUCACGUCGGUUUUCUCGUUACGUGAACGUUUAACGUCAAUCGAGAUACUCUUCGUUACUUUCCUUUUCGUACGGUUAUUCGUGGUGAUUUAUAUAUAUAAAUCUACAGUUUCGAAGUAGCCUCUAAACAACUUUGGACCAUAGUUUGAUACUAUACUCCGUGGUGUCCUCGCAAUUAACUUCAAAUUGUUUCGAUCUACAGACCACUUGCUAAUGGGCGAAUCGAUCGAUCAAGAUUGCGCGGCAAUGAGAUAGCGAGAAGAAAAGAUGUAUCGUAAAGUCGACAAAGUUACAGAGAAGGAUGCAUCGGUUAAAGAUAACAAAAAAAUAUUGUUCAUAAAAUUGUGAAGACUUGGAUUCGUAUAGGAGAUGUUUCGCGAUCAAACGGCAGGAAGAAGACCGAGAGAGAAGACGCAGGAGGACAAAGGAGCGGGACAGAGGAAAAAUGGAAGCGGGAGCAUCGUCGUCGUCCUCGUCGUGGUAGUCCUGGAGAGAACUAAGUGGGGACGGACGAGGGGUAGUGUUCGUUCGGCCGGGCUGCUUCCGUGUAUUCCGGGGGUGGUUUUGGUGCGCGCGCGCACCGGGGUUGCGCCGUGGUUUCAUCUCAGUUUCGCAGCCUCCCUUCCGCGGUCCGCAUCAACUCUGUCGUCGCUGGCACAGAGGUGUGUCGUUUUUAUCCGCGUUUACCUCGUCUUGGAUACACUCGCCUCUUCGAUAUCCGUAGCCGAAUACAUUGUAGGACGUUCCAUCGAGAAUUUAGAAUCUCUGUCGAGUGGAUCCAGUCGAAUUGAAAAGGAGAACGGUGUCGAGAGUCGCGGUAGAUAACGAGACGAGUGAAAAUUUUCUUUGCGUUUGUAAUAUUCGCGUUUACCGCAUCUGCGAAGUAUGUUACCCUGCGAUAGGUGAUCCAGCGACGACUGGCAGAAUAAUGGUGCGCGAUGCGGAGGUCCCGACGCGUGUAACUUGGUAAGCAAACGUAGCUUUUUGCGUCGCAGUGUGUCUAUAGCUCGCACCAUCUGUACGUUUUUCUUCUAACCUUUCACGCGAAACGGUGGCGUAUCGACGUUUGAUCUUAGAUCGCGUAUAUCGCGUAUGUCGCGCGUUUGCUCCAGCUCGAAGGACACGGUGAAUCCGGCAUUGAUUUUUAAACGUCGGAACGCCCGUAUAUACCGUUAAUUGUUGGCUAGUUCUACGAGAUGGAGUAGUGAAUUCCGCGAGAACCGUUUUGUCGAUUGUACCCUCGAGAGAAUAGCGCAUUCCCCACUUCUAGCCACUGGUUAGGACGGCGGAGCAUCCUUUGAACCCCUUGGACCGUCAUUACGAGUAAUGUACUUAAUCGUCGGAAAAUCGGUCGCCGUAGAAACUGGCGGUGCAGUUGCAGUUGAAAGCCGAAGUCGAGACAUAUACGAAGCUGGUAUUGUAUUGGAAAUAAAGAUUCACCGAUCGGUGUCAGACAAGGAAAUAGUUAAUCGAGGCGAGUGCCGUUCUCCGUCCACUAACGAGCGUCGGCUGAAACUCGAGAUGCAAAAGGAACUCCGGCAAAAGUUAAUUAUAAAGCGUGUUCCUGCCUCGGAGCAGUAUCGAAGAUCAAAGUCCAAAAUGUUUCGCCAUCUUCCUAGCGGAAGCCGGUUCUCUCGGGAGGAAAGCAGCGCGAGAAUGAGCGACACUCGGUUGGCUGCUAACAAAUACCAACAAAAUCGUCUUCUACACCGGUGAAAUUGAACCGUGGAACGAUCGUCUGCUGACUUCACGAAGAGAGAAACAUAGAGGGAAACAUAGACAAGGAGCAAAUAAGUUUCUCAUUCCCGUUGGCAGGAUUUCUUCCUUUGGUCGGCUUUAAUCCACUCGCGAAAGCCAGUCAGGGGUGAGAAAUCACCGACAGGUCGGCUAAAAAUUGCGAAGGUUUCCUUCGUUCUCGUACAAUAACUAUUUACGAUCGUUGUCCUGAUAGAUCUGAACGAACAGGGACAUUCCAUACGUUAUCGGUGUACCGUAGAAAUUGGUAGAUCGUAUCGUAGAAGCUUGUUAAUUCAAGUUGUUUGUACGUGUACCGAGGUGUGAACGAUCGUUGGUUAGUUGGUUGGUAGAACGUCGGUGAAUCCAAUUAGCUGGUAGUCUUGAAGGAGUUCAGGCUGAAUGACACUGGUCGAGCUAUAAUUGUGUUCGGAUCGCGUAUUUCGGUUUCGCCUAUCAACCGGUGGAAGAGAUGCAAAGCACGGAAGUCCGGAUUCGCGUGGCAAGAAACUCGAUUUCAGGUCCGUCGACUCGGUCUGAGUUCGUUUGCAUCCCUGAACUCGAAGAGGUUGUCGUGCGGCGAACCGAUCUAAUCAGCGUAGCUUAAAUCUAAAUUGAAUAGUAAUUGCAAAUUGGACGCUGGAUCGCGUCCAUCGGACGACAGACCGUCUCGACCGAUCGAUCGUACCGAUGACCUCGUGUUAGCGCCGUUCGGUAAGCCUUGG